AUGUUCAACAAAACUCUUUGGACAUCUAGUUUCACUCAUACGCAACGUAGCAGUUUUACCUUUCUAGAUUUGAUUGAAAGGGAUCUUAGUGUUGAAUCGAGUGAAUGCGAAGCAAAACACCAGAACACUGAGUAUAUUGAAAAGUGGCUAGAAGAUGCCGGUAUACGGAGCCAACCUGUUUAUCAUAGCCAGAUUCGUCAACAUACAGAUGGCGCGACCGAAAUUCGGACGGUUGUGAAUGUAAGGGCUGUUGUCUUCUGGGCAUCCCAAAGCGGCACUGCGGAGGCUCUGGCAUCUCGCUAUGCCUCUGAACUUUCGACGGCUUUUCCCUUGGGGGCGAUGACUGCCAACCUGGCAGACUACGAUCAUAAACAUAUGCCAGACGUACCGUCUCAAGCACUCUUGGUGUUCAUCUUGUCGACAUUCGGUGACGGUGACCCUCCUGAUAACGGCACCGCGCUUCUCGAGUCCCUUCACCAGCUUCGCAAGCAAAGUGCCAACUUGAACAAUGUUCGAUAUCUCAUUUUCGGCUUGGGGAAUUCCAACUAUACCCACUUUAACAAAUAUGCGCUCGAUAUCGACGGUAUGCUGAAGGGUAUGGGUGCUACGAGGCUAGGCCGAGUUGGUCUGGGUAACGAUCGUGAAGGCGCCACCGAGGAGGAUUUUGUGGCCUGGAAGAAUGAGAGCAUCCAGCAAGUGGCCAGAACAUUGCAUCUGCGGCCCGUGGAACGAGAAUAUUCCCCUCGCAUACAAAUUCGCCCUUGGCGAGGUGGCAACUGUGACACAAGGCACGGAGUCUCGCCAACCGUUUAUUAUGGCGAGCCACAGUAUGCUCCUCCCACUGCUGAUAGGAGUACCACCGUUGUUCUUCCUGUUAUACAGGCAAAGCAGCUCAUGCUCUCCAAAGAGGCCAUUGGCGAGUCUGAGAGUUCACGGGAAUGCGUUCAUCUGGAAUUCAGCCUUGAAGACCACCCCUCCAUCACCUACGAGACAGGAGACUACCUCUGUAUUUGGCCGGUUAAUCCGGAACAGGAAGUCUCGGCGCUGCUGAAAGUUUUGGGCGUUUGGAACACGCGCAAGAAUGUUAUCGAUAUCGUACCGGCGGACGAUACCUCGAGCUCGAACAUUCGAAUCCCAACCCCUACGACCAUGGAGAGUCUGUUCCGUUACUUCCUUGACAUAUGCGGACCUGUGUCUAGGGAACUCGUCCGUGGUAUUGCUGAAUUAACCUCGGAUGGUGAUUUCAAACGUCGACUCGAGGCACUCACAAGGGAUCGCGAUGCCUUUUACGAAGAGGUUACGUUGAAGAAGUUGACUCUCGCUGCAGUCUUACAAGCGGCCACGACGGUACGAGAUGAAAAUGGAUCGGCAAUCAACGUAGCUGUGUCGUACGUCCUAGAGAAUCUAAAAAAGCUACAGCCUCGCAGCUAUUCCAUCUCGUCGUCCGCCGCUGUGGACCCCCGUAUUGCGGCCAUCACAGCACUCGCAGUCAGUGGCCCUCCUCGUCCUCCUCGCGAGACAUCGUCGUGUCCUUCUCAUCGCUUCCGUGGGUUAGCCAGCAAUUAUUUGUUGCAGCUUCAAAAAGAAUACAACCGCAGCUAUUCAAGGUCGCAGCAGCCAACAAACUACUACUACUCAACUGCAGGGCCCCGUGGUCUAUUGGAGGGAGGGAAGGUUUUCGCCUAUAUCCGCCGAAGUAACUUCAAACUGCCACCAGACCCAUCAACUCCGAUCAUCAUGAUCGGCUCCGGAACUGGCGUUUCGCCUUUCCGUGCUUUUGUUCAGGAGCGCAUGAAACUCAAGAAUCAAGGAUGCGAAGUUGGGAAAACAGUACUGCUGGUCGGUCACCGAGCUCCAGACCAAGACUACUACUAUCAGGAUCUGUGGCAAGAGGCGAGCAAGGCUCUAGGGAAGAGAUUUGUUGGCGACCAAGUCCGACCUGGUUCUCGACAUAUUGGCUGCUAA